CAUGUUUAUCGUGAACCACUCACAAAAUAUACUUGAGAACUCUCUGCACUCUCUAAAAAAAUCCAGUCAUGUCGAGAAAUUUCUCAAAAAUCCAGUCCUUGCCGAUAUACCAUGAUCCCAAUCGAAAUCCACGCCACGACAGUAACGCUAUUGACGAAGACCAAAUCCAAACAGAAGAUGCGGCCUAUAACCUGCUACACGAAAAGCUUAACGACCUUCUUGCAACUCUGCCGAAAGACAAAGGCUGGAGAAUCACAAACAUCUUCCUACACAAAGGUUUCUGGUUGAGCCCAGCAGCUCUCAAAAGCUUAUUAAUGAUCCACGACUAUUUCCAUCCCCUAUCCACUGACAUCUUCCUCACAGCUUUCAUGAGGUGUGGAACCACUUGGCUUAGAGCUCUCAUGUUCGCCACCGCCAACCGCCACCUUUACAAGUUUUCCGACCAUCCUAUUCACCGCACAGGACCCCACGGUAUUUUCCCGUCCCUUGACUCGAAAAUUCUUCUGGAAUAUCCGGUAUCUAAGUUCGAGCUUCUUCCUUCUCCUCGACUGUUCGCCACACACUUUGCUCAUAGCUUGUUUCCGAUCUCGAUGACAUCACCAUUGUCAACAUGCAAGUUUGUAUACGUGUGUAGAGACCCUAAAGACGUGCUAAUUUCAAAGUGGCACUUCAUGUGCAAAAUCCGGUCGGAGGAACUUCCACCCAUUUCGUUUAAUGAAGCUUACGAGCUUUUCUGCAAUGGAGUCUCGGAGUUCGGACCUUAUUGGGACCAUGUGUUGGAGUACUGGAAAGCAAGCCAGGAAUCACCUGAGAAGAUCUUGUUCUUAAAGUAUGAGGAUAUCAAGAGGGAACCGUCAGUGGAGCUCAAGAAGUUGGCGGCGUUCAUGGGAAUGCCCUUCACGGCGGAGGAGGAGGAGGGAGGAGUGGUGGAAGAGAUUGUGAAGCUAUGUAGCUUUGAGAAUUUGAGUAAUCUUGAAGUGCAUAAGGAGGGUGGGGGUGUUCAGAUGUUUACACAACUGGUGGUGGAGUAUCAGAAUUAUUUUAGGAAAGGGACAGUGGGAGAUUGGAAAAAUUACUUGACAGAGGAGAUGAGAGAGCGCAUUGAUUCAAUCACUAAAGCCAAGUUUAAGGGUUCGGGGUUGACACUGGGUCUUGGUCUCUAAUUGUUGUCUGCUAUCACCGCAUGAGUUUCGUUGCUGUUGCGGACUACUUAUCCAUGAGUUUCGUUGAGUGUUUCGGUGGCUAUCAUUCUAUCAAGUGAAUAGGUGCUUUCAUCAUUACGGAUGUUGUUGGAAUGUGAUGCGAAGUUCAUUGACAUUUGGUGUUCGAUGCUUCUGCCCCUUUGUACCUAUAUUUCCGAGUGGUAUCUUCGGAUUCAGUGAUUUUGGCCUUCUUGGUUGUCAAGCAAUUUGCUAUUGGGUGUGCUGUUGUCUCUUGUUUUGUUGGUGUAGUUUGAUCGUGUACAUGGUUUGUUGUUUCUUUAUUCUUGUCUCAUACGUGUAUUUUUUGUUGUACUAUAAAAAGGUAAACAACUACUUUGAUAUUGCCUCGGUGUCGAAGGUACUAAAGUGAACAACAACAAAGAAUAGAAAAACAGGAUCCGUUGAUUUUUAA